AUAAAAACCAGGCAAAGACGGGACAGCCAGUUAUCAUCAGGAAUUCAUAGCCUAGCAGAUAAGGCAUUAUCUUUACGCAAUAGUUGGCGUAGUCUGCUUACUCGUCGUAGUCCACCAGUGUGUAACAAUUCUGAAGCAGUUGACAGUCAGAACUUAUUAGACACCUCUGCUGAUGGAAACGAAUCCGAAGAUGAAUUAAUAAGAAAUCCAGUAAUGAAUAGAUCAGUAACAUCAUUACGUGUUCAACAUCAUUCUGAAAAAAAUAAUCCGUCAUUUGAAAUGAGAAGAACAUGCAGUUUUAGUAAUCGAAGACGUCCAUAA